AUGGGUUGUAUUCAGUGCAUGAAGAAGCAGGAACCAGUGGAUGCGAAUCCGAACCAAAAUGGUGUGAAAAAUCUGUUUUAUGCUACGACUGAAUUUGAUCUAUCGAGAUCCGAUGAUGAAGAUGAGGAAGAAAAUUAUUCAUUGAAUUCAAUCAGAAAUCCGAAAGGACCUGUGAUCAAUCGAUUGUUUUCUAUAAGCGGACGAAAUCUAGCAAGGAAUAUUUCUCAAAUCAAAUCAUUCAUUUUGGAUAACUUACUCCUGAUCAAUAUCAUAGCAUCAUACCGUAUUUACCGUCUGCGUGGAGAAGAUCUAUUGAAAGUUUUGACUUAUUAA